CGAUCCAAUGGCGGCGCUUCACUCCUGGAGGAAAGCAUACGGCGCUCUCAAAGACCAUACCAAGGUCGGCCUUGCGCACGUCAAUUCCGGUUAUAAGGAUUUGGAUGUGGCGAUCGUUAAGGCUACGAAUCACGUGGAGUGCCCGCCCAAGGAUAGACAUCUCAAGAAAAUUAUGAUAGCAACAGCAGCAGCUCGGCCACGGGCUGACGUUGCAUACUGCAUAAAUGCCCUUUCGAAACGAUUGUUGAAGACACAUAACUGGACGGUUGCGUUGAAGACACUAAUCGUUUUCCAUAGACUUUUGAGAGAAGGCGAUUCGAAAUUUAGGGACACAUUGUUAGGAUUUCAGCAGAGAGGGCGCGUCCUCCAUGUUUCUAGCUUCAAGGAUGAUUCGAGUCCAGUCGCUUGGGAUUGUUCUGCUUGGGUGCGAACUUACGCGCUCUUCUUGGAACAACGAUUAGAAUGCUUUAGCAUUCUUAAGUAUGACAUUGAAGCUGAGCGUCUUCGCGGACAUGGACAAGGCCAAGAUAAGCGUCACUUAAGAUCUAGAGAUCUGGAUAACGAAGAAUUAUUAGAACAGUUGCCUGCGUUGCAGCAGUUGCUACAUCGUCUGAUUGGAUGCCGGCCUGAAGGUGCAGCUGCUUGCAAUUCUCUAGUUCAAUAUGCUCUUGCCUUGGUGCUGAAAGAGAGUUUUAAGAUAUAUAUGACUAUCAAUGCCAGCAUAAUCAAUCUUGUCGACAAGUUUUUUGACAUGCCGAGGCUAGAAGCCAUUCAAGCGCUCGAUAUCUACAAACGAGCCACACAACAGGCUACGAAUCUUACAGAUUUCUACGACGCCUGCAAAGGAGCCGAGCUUGCUCGAAAUUUCCAGUUCCCCGUUUUGAGAGAGCCGCCGCAAUCCUUCAUAAUCACCAUGGAAGACCACAUCAGAGAAGCUCCGCGGGAGGUUUCUGUUCCGACCAUUCACUUGGAGUAUCCUGAAAGAUUGAUGUUGACAUACAAGCAAGAAGACAAUGUUCCUUCGUCGUCUGAAGAGUCUCCGAAGGCCGAAUCACCUCCACGUCAAGUCGACGUGGAUGAUCUGCUCGGCUUGAAUUCAGUCGAAGAAAUCACGACUUCGAUCGACGACACGAAUGCUUCGGCUUUCGCCAUAGUUCCAUGCGGUGACCACUCCCCGUUCACCGAAAAUUGCGGUGCGACGGCGGCGAUCGACAUCAACCCCGUCGGGUGGGAGCUCGCCCUCGUCUCGACCACCGACUUAUCGUCAUCGCAGGAGAAGCAAUUAGCGGGAGGGUUGGAUUCGCUGAAGCUGAAUAGCUUAUACGACGAAGGGGCGUCGCAGGAGGCGUUAUCCGGCAGCCAUUUUCCGUCUGCUACAAAUCCAUUUUCGAUCGACAGCACGCCGAAUAGUGAUCGUAAUACUCUCCCGGUGGCGCCGCAGCCUUGUUCGAGCAACCCGUUCUAUUCGUUCCGGCAGGAUUGGGUGAUGAAUCCGCAGAAUCCUUUCCUAUUGGAGACAGGGUUCCAUGCAUUUCCGGCGGCGGCGGCGGAGGAAGCUCAGACAAGCAACCCGUUUGGCAGUAGCAGAAUGUAAGUUAGUAUGUUAGGAUUUAGGGGUUCCUUUGAGUAGAGUGAAGCUCAUUUGUUGGAAUUGUGUAAACAGAACUGAACAAAUAUUAUUCACAAUGUAAUAAUUGUCGAUCUUCAUCACCAUCACCAU